UCCUCCCAAAUCCCAAAAUUACCUCUGAAGAUCCCAAUAUGAGAAAUUUACACUUGUAUUUCAAGUACUCAGCUUUCGUUCUCCUCUCCUCCUCUUCUCUUUUCCCACAAAAUCUUGUGGCUCAAGCACCAUCUUGCUCCGAAGAAGACAGAGCAGCUCUUCUCAGUUUCAAAGCUGGAAUCUUGAAGGACACGACUGGCAUUCUCUUCUCAUGGGUAGGCACCGACUGCUGUGGUGCAUGGGAGGGCAUUGAAUGCCACCCCGAAACUGGAAGGGUCAUCAAGUUGCAGCUUCAAAGACCGCGAGAAAGUGUGGGACAAAACCUUUACAUGAAGGGCUUUCUCUCUCCUUCACUUGGUAAGCUCCAGUUUUUGCAAGUGAUGGUACUUAGCGGAAUGAAGCAGAUCAAAGGAUAUAUUCCAGAAAGCUUUUCAGAUUUGGGUCACCUCACACAGCUUUAUCUUGAAGAUAGUUUGCUGGAAGGCACCAUCCCUUCAAGCUUUGGCAAGCUAAGUUCACUCAUUGCAUUAUCUCUUAGUGGCAAUCAUUUGCAAGGUCAAAUCCCUCAAAGCCUUGGAUCUCUAAAAAAUUUGAGUCAGAUUAAUUUAGGUAGAAACUCACUUACAGGCAUGGUACCAUCCUCAUUUAGAAACUUUCGAAGUUUGCAGUCACUUGACUUGAGCUACAAUCUUUUAUCUGGAGAAAUUCCUAGCUAUAUUGGCUUCUUUAAGAAUCUUACAUACAUUGACCUCUCCAAUAAUCAGUUAUCAGGAGUGAUGCCUAUUUCGCUCUGCAAUCUUACCAAUGUCUUAGAUAUCUCCUUGAGUCAUAACAAGCUGACUGGCCUGAUCCCAAGCCAAAUUGGCAACCUCAAGUUAUUGAAUUCUCUUUCACUGAGUAGUAAUUCUUUCACUGGUUCAAUUCCAGAAUCUCUUGGUGGAUUGCAGAAGCUGUGGUAUCUCAAUCUCUCUAAGAAUGACAACAAUGUUUCAGGUAGCUUGCCUCAAUUCAGCGAAGGAUUCAGACUUAAAUGCCUUCAUCUCUCCAAAAAUAAAAUUACAGGUCAAAUUCCGAGCAGCAUAUCAAAUCUAACCACUCUUGAGGUGCUAAAUCUUUCUAGGAAUCAAGUUUUUGGAGUUAUACCUGCUACCAUGGGUAAAUUACUUAGGUUGCAGUGGCUGGAUCUCUCAAACAAUAAUCUCACAGGAAGUAUACCUGCUGUAUUUUCUAGGCUCAGCAAUAUUAGGCAUGCAAGUUUCAGAGUUAAUAGCUUAUGUGGACAGAUUCCGCAGGGGAGGCCAUUCAACAUAUUUCCGGUAGCUGCUUAUGCUCAUAACCAGUGCCUCUGUGGUCAGCCUCUGCCACCAUGCAAGAAAAUUUAA